CAACAAGCGUUGCGUGGAAAGUGAUAAUAAAUAACAUUUAACAGAUCACGGCCGUUCCCCGGGCGGACCCGGGGGAUAAAUGGAGCACUCCCCAGUUGUAACAAGUUACGGGCACCGUUCCGACAUUUUCAAAAAAGUGAAUUGCCUCAGCGUAGCUCUUUAUUAUUCCCGUAUUUUCACCACAAGUCAAUGUUUUGUAAAUUCAUUUGUAUUUAGUUGUGUCUCGGUUUUCUACAUUAGGUGAAGACGAUUCUGAAAGAGACGUUUAGCUAAGUUUUCCCGAAGAACGAGUUGGGACGUGACAGGAAGUCGCGAACAACUACACAGCAACACGAUGACGCCCGUCCGGGUUGACUCUAGCGCCCGUUUGCGUGGUCAGAGUUUCCGAGGAUAGCCCUGAUAACUGGAGCAGACCAGGCAUGAGUGGAGCGCACCUGGACGAAUGGCAGAGGAGGUCCUUUGACAUUUCAUCUGGCAACUGUACACCUGAACAGACGGCCGAUGCCUACCGGGCCCACAUCCUCUCCAUUCAGUAUGCAUGGGCAAGCUCCCAGCUCUCUCAGGCCGGCGCGGCCAGCCUGCUCAGGACCUACGCGGAGCGCUACGCCUCGGUGCUGGACUCGGAUGACCCCCGCACAGGGCUCAACAACUAUGCAGAGAGCGCGCUGCAUCUGGCCCGCAGUCAGAGGAACUACAGUGACAAGUGGGAGUCGUCGCUCACCAUGGAGAGUGUGGCGGAGCUGCCCUGUGUGCAGAAGAUGUUUCAGGCAGGGACAGGGGGAGGAGGAGGCGCCCUCGUGGCACCAGGAGAUGUUGACAUAUCUGUGGGACGAGAGGGCGGGUCAGAGGCUGCUCUGUUCAAACCCAUACGUCCACCUCAACCUAAAGCCGAGGUUGGCAACACCGCCUGUAAUCCUGCAACUAAUAUGACUUCAGAGAGGCAAAGUGGCUCUGAAGGGACAUCAGGUAAUCCAAACUCGUUCUCCCAACCUCCAGUGCGACCGCAGUCUGUGUUUAAUCAGUCUUCUUCAGUUCCUCUGCAGCGAAACCCUGGUCCUUCAGGGGCGACACAAAACGCUCAGUCCUCCUUCUUCCCCAUCUCCAACCCGUCUAAGCGGAAGCACUUUUACAACUCGGAUGGAGUGGAUGGUGGCAGGGGAGGUCAACACGGAGGUCAAGCAGGCACUGACCCGCAAGCUGGAGGCAACUUUAAAACGGCUCACCAGCAGUUCAUCGUUGAUCAACACAAAAAACACUCCAAUCAGCCCCACCGGGGUCAGACCUCAGGGAUGGCGGCAACUUCGAAGAAAUCUCUGGGUGCCAACAGGCCCCGCGGUACAUUUUCCAAAUUUGUGUCACCCAUUCCACGACAGGAGGAGGAAGACGAAGGGGCGAGUUGUAGUUCCAACCAGGAGCCUCAGGUGCUGGAUGAGCGUCUGAAGAACUUUGAGCCAAAGAUAAUCGAGCUGAUCAUGAGCGAGAUCAUGGACCACGGGCCUCCCGUCACCUGGGAUGACAUAGCAGGCCUGGAGUUUGCCAAGAACACCAUAAAGGAGAUUGUUGUUUGGCCCAUGCUGCGACCCGACAUCUUUACUGGCCUCCGUGGUCCACCCAAAGGCAUCCUGUUGUUUGGGCCUCCGGGGACCGGAAAAACUCUGAUCGGAAAAUGCAUAGCUUGCCAGUCAGGCGCCACCUUCUUUAGCAUCAGCGCCUCAUCGCUCACAUCCAAGUGGGUGGGCGAGGGGGAGAAAAUGGUGCGAGCCCUGUUUGCCAUUGCCCGCUGCCACCAGCCGGCCGUCAUCUUCAUUGACGAAAUCGACUCGCUGUUGUCCCAGCGGACAGACGGGGAGCACGACUCGUCGCGUCGGAUAAAGACGGAGUUCUUGGUGCAGCUGGACGGGGCGGCGACGGCCGCCGAGGAACGCAUCCUGGUGGUGGGCGCCACCAACCGGCCUCAAGAGAUCGACGAGGCGGCCCGGCGACGCCUGGCAAAGAGGCUAUACAUCCCCCUGCCUGAGGCGGCCGCCCGUUGGCAAAUAGUCACUAAUCUCAUGACUCGGGAGAAGAACCAGCUGAGGGAGCAAGAGCUGGAGAGCGUCGUGAAGGCCACCGAGGGCUUCUCCGGGGCUGACAUGACUCAGCUGUGUCGAGAGGCAGCACUGGGGCCAAUCCGCAGCAUCCAGCUCAGUGACAUCGCCACCAUCACUGCCGAUCAGGUGCGACCAAUCCUCUCCAGUGACUUCCAGGAGGCCCUAAAGGUGGUACGACCAAGUGUCUCGUCCAAAGACCUGGAGCUGUAUGAAGACUGGAAUAAGACUUUUGGGUGUGGGCGUUAAGUGCCGCUCCUGGUCCCGAUCUGUUUGAGUUAUGGGUGAUAUUUUGAACUGAGUGGAGAUUUUUUUUUAAAACGUUCAACUCUAUAGAUUUCACAUAUUUCCUUUGUUGCACACGACACAGAUAGCGUGAGUGGACGACAUGGCAGGAGCACCCGGAAACAAAGGGAGCCUUUUCUAGAUGGAGAAAUCACUCUGCUCAUCAUGCAUUCAAAUGAUGUUCACAAGUUUGUAAGACUUGUUUUAUUUGAGUUUUCACUUUACCGUUGUGCUUUGGUUUCAGCGUUAGGCACCAUGUUGUGUGCUCGAACUGGGUUUCCACUGAAUCUGUUUGAAUUGCUUUAAUUGCAUUGUCAACGUUGUAUGUUUCCCUAAUAAAUUGAAAUGAUCUCCAGUGAA